AUGGUUUUCAUGCCCCCGCCGCCGUGCCCUGUCGCCGAGCUCUCCUCGUCCGCCGCCGUCGUGCCCGUGAGCACCGGCACGCGUUUGUGUUUUGGUCCGCAUGACAUUCUAAGACAUCUGAAAGCUUCUCCAAACAUCCCCGAGAUACUUGGAAACACCCAGAGACAACCCCAAAACACUUCAAGACAAUCCAAAGACACUGAGAGACACACUGGCACUCCCCAAGACACAGCAAGAUGCCUCAAGACAACCCAAGACAACUCCAGACGCCUAGAGAUAUCGCAAGAUCACCCAGAGAGACGCCCAAGACAACUCAGAGACACCUCAGAACGCCCAGGACUCCCGAAAGACACGCCGGAACGCCUCGCAAAACCACCUCGAAACGACCCAAGACACGUCACGACACCUCCAAACGCCCGUAGACACCCCGUAGACACCUCAGAACUCUCUCCAAGACACCUCAGAGCUCUCUCCAAGACACCUCAGAGCUCUCCAAGACACCCCAGAGCUCUCUCCAAGACACUCCAAGACAACCCAUACGACGCUCCAAAAAAUCACGGUGUAAGGACGAGCAGUGAAAGCCGCGGAGGAGAGAUCGAGGACCACCUUGAGACGAUGAGGACAACAGCCAAGACACACGCGACCGGCCCCGACCAGCCGGAAAGACGCGCCCCUGCGAGGCAGAGCGAGUUCGAGGGACCGCUGGCGAGUCGCCCGGAGCCGCCGCGGCGAGGCGAGGGCAGGGCAGCAGCGCCGACGGCCGCCGAGCCACGUUGGAAGACCAAGGGAUCAUCGAAGGAGCCGCCGCUGCCGCGUCCUCGGUGA